CAGGUUCAGCACUGGCAAAUAUUGUCGUUUCGGCAGUGCAGUACGAGCCAAAUCUCCUUACUGUGUUCUCUGUGCGCGCUGUGUUGUGUCCUAUUCUAUGUUCAUUCUGUUUUUUCCGUGGGUACGACCGAGUAAUAUUAUUCAAUUUCACUUCAGUCUUCAUACAGUCUUCGCUUUAACCCGUUCCAAUCUGUCCGCCGCUCUUAAAACACAACAUCAAAAAAUAACAGACAAAAAAAACAAUUUUUUUUUCAAGCAACAACCAAAAACAAAUUCGUUUAAAUCCACAUAAAUAAAUUAAAUAAAUAAAAACCAUACAAAAUUCAUGAAAAUAACGAAACAAAACUAAAAGUCGAUAAAUUAAACGAGAUAUUUUGUUUUUCGUUUGUUUGUAAACACAACAUUCUAUCCACUCCGCAUAAAAUCGGUUCAUAUACUACUAUAUCUAUAAAAUAGUAUCGGUGCUACUGCAAUCAAAUAACAGAAGAAAAAAAGAAAAACCGUUUCGCUUGCGAAGAGAGAUCCGCUAUUAAAGGAAGAUCAUCCAUAUAGCAAGAGAGAGAGAGAGAGAGAGAGAGAGAGCGAAAGAGAGAGAUAAAGAAACACACCGCAACACACGACUUGUUUAUUAAUUGUUGCUGCUCAACGGCGUCAUUCAUCACAUAAGCAAAAGAAAAACGUGUGCGACCAAAUCUAUCCCUUAACCAGCGACAAGCAUUCAACGGUUCCAAUACACCACGUACUCAAAAUCAUCAUUUUUCAAUCGAAACUUGUCCUCGCUAAUAGAUAUACCAACCAACUAUCACUGGUUUUAUAUUCGUCGAAUUUGAUUUGAAUUUUUUUUUUCUUGUUUUGACUUCGAUUGCUGUCGGUUAAUAAAUUUGCGUAUUCCUCAUUCUCUCGCUCUCCUGAAUUUUUGCAAAAUUCAUACGUCAAACUCUGGCCGCGAAUAAAAAAACGAUUAGCAGGCAUCGCUACCACAGCCGAUGAUAAUAAUAAUCAUAAAAACGAAAAAUAAAGGACGAAAAACAACAACAACAUCCCAAUUCAGCCACAUUCCAUUUCUACAUCCUGUGUGCUCUCCUCCUUGACACAAAUAAAUCAUUUUUCUCUUUCAUUCCCGUCUCAUCUCUCAUCACAACACACACACACACACACACACCAACUCAUUACACAACUUCAUCACCAUCAUUCACACAUCACGAAACCGUUUCACGGAGCGAAUAGCAAGAAAAAAAGUGCUGCUUUUGCGAGCGCACCAUUCAAAAAAAAAACAUUAAGUAACGGCUAGAUCGAAACGAAACAAUAGCAACAACUUGUACUUUUGUGCUACAAAAUACAAACACACAUAAGACUUGAACAAUUUAAAUAACUCAAAAAAACAAAUUUUAAUCAAGAAAAAAAGAAGAAAAAUACCAGCCAGAGCUAAAGCAUAACAAACACACUUUUAGUCAAUCGCUUGAAGGAAACAAAAAUUCGCUUGUUUUCGUCUGCCGGGCGUAUUUGUUGCAUUUCGCCGAAAAAUCACAAGAAAUAAUUGUCUGACGACAACCAGUCAGUGCGAAACAUACGCACACAGUGUGAAAGAGGGAAACACUUUUUGAUUAUGACUUGGAUCAUAAUAUAAACGACGAGGGAAAGAACUUUAUUCGAAGCAAAACAAAAGCGAGAAAUUGACAAGUAAACACAUUUAACAAACUCUGACAGCUACCACUUUUGAAUGAAUGAACGGCGCUGUCAAGUUAUGUAAAUAAUAGUAAAAUCGGGAAAAAUAGAAUUAUACCCGAAAGAACCAACACACACACACACACAAAACAAAACAAAACAAAACAAAAAUACCAAAUACAGUUGUGAAAGAGUGCAUUGAUUUAAUAAAUAGAAUUGUUAUUUAAAUCGUAUUAAUUAACAAAAAAAAAAUUUGCUUUUUGAAUGUAUAUUUGUAUAUUCAGCCGAUGUUUUUGUCUCCAUCAAGUUUGUUUGUCUCAAAUUGAGUGUGUCCGCAUUUAAAGACUCCCCUUUCGAAGAAACACGUUCGUAAUUAAUACAAAUAAACGAAAAUUCGAGAGAAAAGCUGACUAUUUCUGAGCAAUCAAAAAGAAAAUUAAAUUAAAACCGCCAUAUCAAAGAAAGGAAUAACCGUGAGUAAAACCAAGACCGUUUUUUUUAAACAGCAAAACAGAAUAAAUCCGUUGUCAUCAUCAUAAAAAAGAGAAAAUUUAGUGAAAAACAGUCAUAAAAUCAGUGUUUAAGUUUAAGAAAAUAUCCUGAACAACCACUGUUAUCAGCUCUUCAGGAUUAAUUCAGAAAAAAAAAACAUUAUCAUUGAAAGAAAUCCAAUUUAUUUACACGAUUUUCAAACACACACACACACAUACACACAAAGCAAACACUAAAGUAACCAAAGAAUUCGAUUUAAGCAGUAAGUAAAUUGGUGUAUUUUUCAAUUGGAAACGAGUAUUCAUAAUUUCGACCUAAGCAAUUUUUGUGUACACACUUCAACAGCAUCAACUCACAUAGAGAACAAGCAACAAGAAAGAUGAUGUAGCAAGCGUUUACUAUUUACAUAUCACUUUCAUAAACAAAAUAUACACGAAAGAUUUCCGAAACAAACAGAAACCAGUACACAAGAGUAUUUAUAGUUAGUAUAGUUCGAACUGGGGCGGUUGUCGUAUUUUGCAUACUGUUUGAUCGAUCCUGUUGCUUACCGGCAAAUUCUUGAUCAUACUCACAAAGCGACGCCGACGUGUUGACACAUUUCCGAAUUUUUUUUUCACCAAAUUUUCACCAUUCACACACACACACACGCUCACAUAAUCAAACGAAACAAUUUUAUCAAACACCGCGUGUUAAGGGAAUAUUUUAUUUUCUGUGUAGAUUUUAGCAUAAUUGAGAUCAAAGUAAGAAAAUUUUCUGAUAUUUAUAUUUGAAAAGUGAAAAAAAAAACGCAGCUUUGAAAAUCAAAGCACCGAACGAACGGAAUUACAUUUAGGUGAAACAUUUGUGUUUCUGUUCAUAGCUCACCGUAGUUUAAAUAUUGUGAACUUGAGAAAAAUUAGCCAAGAUUAGCUAGACUAAUUAAAUUUAGUCACAAAAAAAGAAUUUAAGAAUUUCGAGUGUUGUUGUACAUGCACUUGAUGUGUAAUAAUUUAUAUAUGUAGGUUAAACAUUUGAACAUUUUGAUUUCUUUUUAUUUCUUAUUUAUAAGAUCAAGAUCGCGUUUCGACAAUCAAAAUCAUAGAUUUAAUCAAAGAAACCAAUCAAACUUAAUCAAAUAGAAACCUAAGACAAUCUUUUUCGCCAAAAAUCUUUACACUCAUCAACUCUCUCACACACACACACACACACAAACUAAUUCUGUGUUCUACAACUAUUUUUCCCCAUCUUUAAUAGCAUAGAUUUUAAAACGUCACGUUAUACAAAUGACAAGUGUCAUAUGAAUAAUUGCAGCAAGUGUAUUAUAUAUGUGAUUGAUAGACAAAUUGUAUUUAAUUGAUAGGGACAAUCUUAAUAGGCAGUUUAUAUAGUACAUAAUAUCGAACGGUACAAUUCACGCACACCUCUUUGUUAAUCAUUGAUGAGCGGUGUUCUCUGAAGAAGUAUCCAGGCUAAAUAUUUGGUGUGAAACGGCAAUUUCUAACAGCAGAAAAGAAAAUCAAACUCUUUUUCGACAAUCUGUUUUACGGUGAACGCUCAGCCUGAGGCGCCACUAACACAUAACAAUUUGAUCGAAAGCGUCAAUAUCUGAAUGAGUAAAGCGUAAUUUUGGAAAAGCGCACAAAAAAGCACGCAAUUUGCAAAGCGAACAUAAAUCGAAAGAUUUUGCUUACAAAAAAAAAUAAAACAACAUCAGUCUGCAAGUAAAUCGAUUCAGUCGGUUAGAUACGGUUUAUUAGCAAAUAUUUAAACAAAGCGAACGAUUGAAACAGAUCUAAUAAGCCCAAAAACUGAAAACCACAACCAAAUCAAAGCGGAAAAUAGGAACGAAAAAUCGAAAUCGAACUACCCGAGCGGUUGAGCCAAAAAGAGAAAAAAAACGCGAGCGAAAAGAAAAGAAAAACCCGUACGGUUUAAAAAUCUAGAAAAAUAAACAAGAAUUUAAUCUAGAGGGAAUAUAUAGUGAUAUUUUUAAGUCAAUAUUAAUUUAUUAUUGAGAUAAAAGCAACACAGAAGGAAACAAAAGCAAAACCACACACACACACACAGCCGAAUUUAUAUACGUGUAGAGACGGUACUUUUUUCAUCUUGUUUAGUCUUUCUUGCGCGACGGUAAUCUCUUCUGUCCCUGUUUCUAUCUCAAAUCGCGUCGUGCUAGCUCGUUCACUCGCUCACUCGGUGGUCGCCCGGUUCGUUUAGUCAGUCAGUCAUUCAGUCAAAUAAACAUAUACAAAUAUUGUACGCGAUAUUUCGCGAAGCGAACUUAAAACACCACGAAAGCGAACAAACGUGCAACCGAAACAAACUUUAGGAAAUUUAUUUGUGCAUUGGUUGGUGUCCGUGUCUCGACAAACUCAUUCGCCAAGAAGUCAUAUAUUUCUUGGAUUGUACACUUUUCGGGAUACAACAACAACAACUACAGAGGAAAAAGAAUAAGAAAAAACGAACGAGAAAAAAUAUUUGUACAUUUUUUCAUAUUUCAACACAAAUAAAUCAGAAUCAACGUCAUCUAAAUGUAUUUGGAUAAGCGGCAAAAUUCGCUAGUAAAAGAAAGAAAAAAGAUAAAAUAAAAAGCGAAUCAUCUAUAUACCGCGCAACUCAUACACACAGCUAACAUCUACACAUACACGUUAGUAACUAAAACAAAACGACGGCGGCAAGCGCAGCAAAAAGCUGAUAACUGAUACAUAUAGUUUGUUUGUUUUUUUUCUCUUCAAUUUCGUUUUGUUUAACUGCUGCUCUUUCUAGCAUUUACAAACACGUUAAACCGUAUUGUUCAGUUCCGAGCUGGAAUGAACAAAAAAUGCUUUUAAAUAAACACAGCAUUUUUGUUUUGCGCUGUCAUAAAUAGAGUGAAAGAGAGAGACAGAGACAGAGAAAGAGAGAAGUUCUGAUUUUUUUUUGUUCAUUCAUUCCUGAGAUCAAGUUCUGGAACACACAUAAUAUAUUCGGUUGGCGAGACGGUGUGUGCGUUGCAUAUACACACGGAUUCGCGCGCGCAAUUCUUGCUCUCGUCUCUAUUUUGGUACGGACGAGAAACAGAGAAAAAAAAACAAGAAAGAAAGAAAGAACAAAACGAAGAGGCAGAGUGUUCCAUACUAGCGAAUUGUUUUGUUUUUCUCGAAUUGCAUUGCAAUUUACUGUGUGUAUGCAGUGUCAGUAUUAAGCGCUGUGGACCAUUCUCGGUGUAUGCGUGUGUUUAGAUAAUUAUUGAACACGUCAACCAACCACCACCAACACCACCGCCACUCGGCCAAUUUCCUUCACACAAACGCAUACGCGCGCGAUCAUCAUUGCCGAAGAAGAAAUGAAAAGCGAAUCAUAAGAGAAAUUAGUUGAAAAGCAAAUUCUCUCUCGGUGUGUCUUAGAACACAACAGCUAACCAACUUGCUAUUUUAAUGCAAGUGUAGUAGUUUGCUAUCUAUAGCUUAUUCGCGCUUUGGCUUUCUUCGUCAGUGUGCAACGCUGAAAAAGUUUUCAAGCAGAGCAACGCGAAAUAUAGGAAGAAAAAAAAACACACACACGCCACGAUACAAACACAGAAAGAAAGAGAAAAAAGAAAGAAAACAAAGCAGAAACAGAAAUAAGACAAGAGAAGUGUUCAUCUCAACUACGAUUAACAGCGAACGAAAGAGCCAACAAUUUGUGUUCUUCUUCUUCUUCGUUUCGUCGUUGGCUGUCUUUUUCAUUUGUAGAAAAAGGAGCACAGACCGAUUGAAAUAGGAGCGUUUCGCAUACAUAAAUACAAAAUCACAUUUGCAGACACUCGCCAAAAGUCGUGCAUCAGUUGAAGUUGCAUUUUCUCGCGUAGAUAGGCGACAGCGAGAGCGAGAGAGAGAGAGAGAGAGAGAGUGAGAGAAAGAAAAAAAAGGCAAAACCGGUUUGUGUUACACACGAACCUUGCAUCUUCUUUCGCAUCAUUUGCUGCAUUCUGUUCGUUGGCUUUUAUAGCAUUUGCAUUGUGUGUAUGCUUUAGAUGGAAUUUCUUCAUACUUUUUCCUAUUCGAAUUUGUAGCAUCUUUUAUGCUCUGAACAGAAAGCAGCAGUAAACACACAAGAUAAAGAAUCGAACACACGAAAUAAAGAAAAGAAAAGAACGAAGCACACCAUCAAACAACGCAGCACAGAAGAGAGAAGAAAAAAACAGUAUUACUGGGCUUUGUGUGUGCGUGCGCACGACUAGUAGUCGGUUUUUUUUAAAGAGCACAUAGGCAUUUCAAUAGUUGUUGCAAACGAAGAAGUGCAUUUUCAACGCGUUUCAUUCGAAUUGAUUCGUUCGUGGUUUUUAGCUCGAUGUAAUCAUUUAUUUGGAACAAUUUUCGAAUUCUUGCCAGCUCUCAGAAACGACGCGCCGCUGAUCAGAUUGUUUUUGUUGUUGUUGUUGUUGUUGUUGUUGUUGUUUCAAACAGCCUUUGCCCAACAAACAAAAAUCAUUUAAACCGAACACAAGUAAAUCAACACAAUUUUUGUGUGAAUCGAACAAAGUGUUCGAAUUUAAACGAAUUUAAUUAAUCCAUUAGAAUACGAUACGAUCGUCAGGCGAAAGAAAUUUAGGUGCUUUCAGUGCAAUAUCUAGUAUAGCCAAUCGUGAUUGACAUUUAAAAGGAAAGAAAGAAAGAUAAUCAAAAUAAUAAAAAAGAGCUAUAUCAAAGACCGUGAAUUAAGAAAAAAAAACUCAGUAAAACGCAUUACAAAUAGGUUAUUUCAAUCAACACCAUCACAUUCUGUUCGUUAUUGAUUGAAUAGAAGAACAAAAACGAAGUGUCAAAGUCAUAUAUUUAUUCGGAGAAUACCAUCAAAAAUCCAAAAGGAUUCGUGAACCUAAUCACUUUAAUUGGAUGUGUUAUACUUGUCAACAAUAUCGCUUUUGUGUGAGAUUUGUUUUGGUUUUGUUUCUGUGUGCUCAAUAAAACGAUCCAUAAGCGCAUUUCACAAAAACAAAAGUCAAAAUAAGUUGCUAUCCCUGGUGAAUACAGUGGAUGAAGAACCGAAAGAGAGAAAUAGAAAAAAAAAUACGAAAAAAGGCAUAACAAACAUAGUAGAGGCACGUGACGUUAAAUCCAUAUUGCUAUGCAACACAUUUAAUAUAUCUAAAUACCUGAAGAAUAUUUGAAAUUUUGUCAUUUCGGCAAACAAAACACGUACCAAAAGUGACAACUAUCGCAUUUUGUUGUGCGUGAAAAGCAAAAGCAUUUUGCAAAAAGCCACACGACACAACUCUGUGUGCUGAAUUCACUGUAGUGACAAGACCAAAUACACGAAUCAAACAGAGAGAUAGAGAGAGAGAAAGAGAGAAAAAAAACCCACUUAAACAAAAUAAAACAAAACAGAAAUCGAAAAGAAUCGAGUCGAAGCGAAAGACAGAAAGAGAGAGAGAGAAGAAAGAACAAGUUACGAACGAAAGGUGAAAGUGUUGAACUGGAAUUUAAUUGAAUUAAAUCAAGCGGAACGUAAAACUUAUCGAGAACUUAGAAAAACGCAUAGAUUCGUCACAACGUAUUUCCCAGGCAGCCUCGCAACACGUCCACUGUAUGUGACACAACCGUUUAGUCUGUUCAAAUCAAGCGAUUGUAAUCCAAGUGUGGUUGUGCAUCAGGCCAACGCAUUCAAUACAUACAUAGCAAAUAAUAAUACCAAUCAGAAUAAUAGCACACAAGCAAACUUUUAUCGCCGUCAUCACACCGUCUAUUCGCAUAGUUACGCGUGGAACUCACUAACAAAUCCCAAUUUAUACCCAAAUCAAUACACAUUCUAUCCAACACCACCACUAGCACUACCACCACCGACACCAAUAACCAAUAACCCAAUUGUAUCCCAUCCACUGAAUCCUCCUCAUCAUAAUAACAGCAAUUAUUGUGUACAUGAUCAACAAUAUGUUAAUCUUCGCAUUAAAAUAAAACCGAAUACGAACAACGUCGGCCAGAGUACACAAGCGAUCGUUGUUGCAUCCGCGAAUGAAAAAAGCAGCGCCGGCCAUUGCACAGCGACCGAUAUCCAAAUCAAUUCAAGGCAAUUGCUAACCGAUUCGGCGAUAGCGACACAAGCAGCCAUCACAUCAGUAGCAUCAACCACAGCCACAUCGAAUCAUCAAUCGAUUUAUGAUUACUUGCUUAAUAAUCCCAGUGCCAAUUUGUUCACAGACAGUGGUAUUUCACAAUUUGUGCAACUGUGCAUAUUAACGAACGUUCAGGACGACACCAGUCGCAACAGCAUCAGUCAAGACUUCAUCCCGAAAAAGAGCAGCCACCAAUUCAACGGUAGAGAAACUAUGCGAGGUAGCGACGAAUUGCUCAGUCAAGCAGCAGUGAUGGCGCCCGCUUCAGAUAAUAACAAUCAAGAUUUAGCAACCAAAAAGGCCAAAUUAGAUUCAACAUCAACAGUUCUGGGUGGUGUUGGCAAACCGUCGAGAGUAAUACACAUCAGGAAUAUACCAAAUGAUUCAAGCGAGUCCGAAGUCAUACAGUUGGGCCUGCCGUUUGGUCGGGUAACAAAUGUGCUCGUGCUGAAGGGUAAAAACCAAGCAUUUUUGGAAAUGGCAGAUGAGGUAUGCGCUGCUGCGAUGGUCGCCUGCUUUACUACGAAUCCACCUCAGGUUCGGGGCCGAACUGUCUACGUACAAUUCUCAAACCAUCGCGAAUUGAAAAUUGAUCAGAGUCAUUCGGUUAUUAAUGCAUCAGUAGCAUUACAAAGUCAAGACUUCCAGGUAACAUCGCCAGCAUCCGGUUCACCUCUGCCGAUAUCUGGAACGGAUCCAGUAUCACACGGUGUUCAUCAAACAAUAUCAACCACUGGCGGCCAAAAUACCGUUUUACGUGUGAUAGUGGAAUCGCUAUUGUAUCCCGUCUCGUUGGACAUUCUGCAUCAAAUAUUUCAACGCUUCGGUAAAGUGCUAAAAAUAGUCACAUUCAACAAAAAUAAUUCAUUCCAAGCCCUGAUCCAGUAUCCAGAUGCACAAACUGCUCAACAUGCGAGAGCUGUUUUAGAUGGUCAAAAUAUUUAUAACGGUUGCUGCACAUUACGGAUCGACAACAGCAAACUGACAGCCUUAAAUGUAAAAUAUAAUAAUGACAAAUCACGUGAUUUCACAAAUCCAUCGCUGCCACCCGGUGAUCCCGGCUCAGAAGUAAUCGCUAGUGCUGGAGGUCUUGUCAAUGCAAGCGAUUUAUUGUUGAUCGCCGCACGACAACGGCCAACCAUAACAGGUGAUAGAAUUGGAGUGAAUGGUCUGGGUGCACCCAAUGUGAUACCACCAUUUGCAUUAGGUUUAGGAACACCUUUGACAACUGGCGCAUACGGAAGUGCAAUUCCAAGUCUUGGUGCGUUCGCAUUGGCAACGACUACCGGCAUCGGUCAGACAAAUCCCACAUCGCUCAGAGGAAUAUCGAAUGUUUUACUCGUUUCCAAUCUCAACGAAGAGAUGGUCACGCCUGAUGCUCUAUUUACCCUCUUUGGUGUCUAUGGUGAUGUACAACGCGUAAAAAUUCUGUACAACAAAAAAGACUCGGCACUAAUCCAAAUGGCUGAACAACAUCAGGCGUAUCUGGCAAUGACUCAUUUGGAUAAACUUCGUCUAUGGGGUAAAGCAAUUCGAGUAAUGGCUAGUAAACAUCAAGCUGUUCAACUGCCAAAAGAAGGUCAACCUGAUGCUGGCUUAACGCGUGACUAUGCACAAAAUCCAUUGCACAGAUUUAAAAAGCCUGGCAGCAAAAAUUAUCAAAAUAUUUAUCCACCAUCAGCAACUUUACAUUUAAGCAACAUUCCAACUACUGUAUCUGAAGAAGACAUUCGAGAAGCAUUCACAAAAAACAGCUUUGAAGUCAAGGCAUUCAAAUUCUUUCCUAAGGACCGGAAGAUGGCUUUGCUUCAGCUGAGCUCAGUGGACGAAGCGGUAUUGGCUUUAAUGAAAAUGCACAACUAUCAGUUGUCUGAUUCAAAUCACUUACGCGUCAGUUUUUCGAAAUCAAACAUUUAAGUUGCAAUAAAAAAACACACCCACAAAAUUCAACCGGAUCUAAACGAAGCGACGAAUUAAACAAAAAAAAAAACAACCGCCACAGCCACAUCAAGAAUACAUCAACAAGAAAUCAAGAAUAACCCAAUAACAAAAUAUACCCAACCAACCACCGAAAUGCAAAGCGAUAAUCGUGCGCGUGUCUGCAUCGCCGAACCGAAUAUCAAGAGUAUGAUGACGACACACUGAUUGACGAUCAUCCAUGAACUGACACAUCAAAUGCAAAUUAGAAAGAGAAAAAGAGAAACCGAGAUGUUUUUCUAUAAAUUUGGGUGACAUUAUUUUGUCCAACACAGUCAGCAAUUUACAAUUUUGUGCAACAACUAGAUGUUAAUGAAAACAAAACGAAGAAAAAUGAAGCAAAAAAAAAACAAUCAAACAACAACACAAAAACUCAACAACACACUCAUUUCUUUUCGUCUCAUUCUUCUUUCUCUGUCGUGCUCACUUUCUCUAUAUUUCUGAACUCAAAUAUCUCCUGCCUCUCUUUGGAGCUUUCUACAAAACGAAGAAAAUGUAUUCUUGGAGAAGAUGAAAAAGAAAAAGGAAGAAGAAAAUGAAGAAGAAUGGAAAAUGAAGCAGAAAAACCAAACUGAGCAUAGUUUAAAUUGAAUGACGUAGCUUAAAUAAAUAGAGCAUAUGCACUGGCAUAUAUGAAUGAAAACAGGAAUAACGGAAAAAUAAAAUAACUGAUGAAGGCAAUACAGACACACACACACACAAAA